AUGAAAGCCCUACCAUUAUGCUCGAAUUAUAACUUGAUCAGUGAUGCUGCUGCCCUACCACAUAACUGGCUAGGUGCACUUCAAGACGAUGGUAUUGCUCCCCUUGAGGUUGAGGGAACCACUGACCAGCCAGAUGAACAACUGGAAGAAAGACCACAGAGAGACUCCCUUGAGGUUGAGGAAACCACUGACCAGCCAGAUGAACAUCUGGAAGAACCUAUUUCCUCACAAGAUGGUGACACGUCACAAGAAUGUGCAAAUCUGGCAGUGAUGUUCGACACACUGAAGAGAAAGCUGGAAAAUAAUCCAGAGACAUUUAAGGAGCCAGUCAAUGCCAUGUACCAUACUUUCCAAAAGAUGACUGAUAAUAAUAUGGUGUCAGCCAUGUUCAUGUUUGGAAAGUAUGGGACAACUAACUUGGCUCCCCGCAGGUUCCUUGGUUCAUCAUUAGGAUCACACGGACCAAACAUUGGUGUACAACCAACUGCGAUUGCACGACGGAAAGCUGCAAUGGGGGGAAGGAGACGUCUGACAUCUGGCAGACCAACCAAAGAUGCUGCUGUAGCUGAACAUGGCUACUCUAGGACGAGGUCAGAGCGUGUGCUGGGCGUGCAUCAAACAAAGAGAUCCAGAGUUGCCGCUCCUCACUCGCUGAGUCAUGCUACAAGCAUGAAUGUAGCUUUGGGGAAAACGCACAGUGCGCAAUAAAAGUGUAAUUGGCAAAUUAAGUACACUCAACUAAAAAAAGAAGAAAGUAAAUUCACUUUCCAUUCAGAUUUUUUACAGAAGCUUCAAUGAAAAUUCAAUGCAGCAUUAUAGCAUGUAUCAAAUUAAAGGAAAUGUUAUGGCCAUUUAAGCUAGUAGGUGAACCAAAAGAAAAACUUUAGGAAUGAGUGAGCACAUUUGAUUGAUUAUUUUUUCUUCCAAGGUACAAAAGUAAAAAUUGCAAAAAUUGACAGUUUGUCAUUCAUUGUAAAUGCCCUUCUACAACAGUGGGAACGAUAGAUCAAACUUACACAUUGAGAAACUUGGCUAAAAUCACACAAUUGAGCCUUUAUUCUCUGUUUCUACUUCCAACCCCCCCCCCCCUACCCUACAGCC